AUGUUGAGUCAGCAACUAGUCAACAAUGCCAGAUCUCUACAGAAGGGAGCUGCCCGUUUCUACAACAACACCUACAACAACCUGAAAAUCAAUAAAGACACCAAGGUUAUUGUCCAAGGAUUCACAGGAAAGCAGGGAACCUUUCACGGAAAGCAGAUGAUCGACUACAAGACCAACGUCGUAGGAGGAGUCAACGCUAACAAGGCCGGCACCCAGCACUUGGGACUUCCAGUCUUCAAGAAUGUCACCGAGGCUCGCAACAAAACCGGCGCCGACGCUAGUGUUAUCUACGUUCCAGCCAGCGCUGCCGCAAACGCUAUCGAGGAGGCCAUGGAUGCUGAGAUUCCAUUGGUGGUGUGCAUCACCGAAGGAAUCCCACAACACGACAUGGUCCGUGUCAAGUCUCGUCUUCUCAAGCAAAACAAGACCAGACUCGUCGGACCAAACUGUCCAGGAAUCAUCUCCGCUGAUCAGUGCAAGAUCGGAAUCAUGCCAGGACAUAUUCAUAAGAGAGGAUGCAUCGGAAUCGUGUCGCGUUCGGGAACUCUCACCUAUGAAGCUGUUCACCAGACCACUCAAGUCGGAUUCGGACAGACAUUGUGCGUCGGAAUCGGAGGAGAUCCAUUCAACGGAACCAACUUCAUCGAUUGUCUUCACGUCUUCCUCGAGGAUCCAGAAACCAAGGGAAUCAUCCUCAUCGGAGAAAUCGGAGGAUCUGCUGAAGAGGAAGCCGCCCAAUUCCUCAAGGACCACAACACUGGAGUUAACAAAAAACCAGUUGUCUCAUUCAUCGCCGGUGUCACCGCUCCACCAGGCAGAAGAAUGGGACACGCUGGAGCGAUUAUCUCCGGUGGAAAGGGAACCGCUGCUGACAAGAUCAAUGCUCUCAGAGAAGCCGGAGUUGUUGUGACCGACUCUCCAGCUAAACUCGGAACAUCUAUGGCUAAAGCUUUCAUGGAUCAGAUGUAA